AUGGAAUAAUGACAUAAUAAUACUCACUAAAUGUUGAAAAUUUUGGGCGGCACUGAAACUGAGUGUCUCCUACCAACUCCUUGCGCAACCGCUACGCCGUCGUGCCGUCUACCGCCGACGUGACGUUCAUAAAGAGAUCAGAUCCAUUUUCACUGUUCUCUUGUGGUUCGCCGCCGGCGACGAAGCUUAUCCUGUAAUCGGAGUUACUGAAACUCCGGCACGGAAGAAUCUCAAAGUCUCUAUAGUUUGAUUUCCAUUUGAAGCACUAACAUUUCAAGGCUUCCUCAGAAUCAGAACUUUUGGCAGGAAACCUAGAAAUGAGUUCAGGUGGUGCAUUUGGUGGCAACAGGGGGCUCCGUCCAGUGCCUCCCGAAAAGGGAAUUUUCCCAUUGGAUCAUAUGCAUUUGUGUGACCUGGAUAAGAAAGAAUAUCUGAAUUGUCUAAAGACUGCUGGAAACAAGUCAGAAAUUUGUAGGGAAUUCUCAAAAAAAUAUCUCCAAUGUCGUAUGGAAAAGAACUUGAUGGCAAAGCAAGAUUUGGCAGAACUUGGUUUUAAGGAAAGUAAUGCAGAAACUCCUGGAGGCAAAAUUACUGAGAGGAUUGGUGAUCGAGACCAAUGAAUCCAAAGAAUUUACAAUGUAUAUUAGUUUUGAGGUUAAGUUUUGAUAAUGCCAUUCUUUCCUUUGGCAUUCAAAUUUUUUCUUUUGAUAAAAUAAAAUACAAGGUGAAGGGAUAGUGUCUCAGUCUAAAGUAGAGAAAAUUUUAGGAAUCGUUAAACACUUAAAAAAAAUAUUUACAUUUGACAUUCAAUUCAUUUGAUAAGCAAAUGUCUGACCAUAUAAUUAUUAUUAAUUUUAUUUGCCAUACAUACAAUA